AUGGGUCGCCGUCCUGCCAAGUGUUAUCGUUUCCAGAACAAGAAGCCGUUUAUUAAAUCGCGCUACUGUCGUGGUGUGCCUGACCCAAAGAUUCGUAUCUAUGAUGUUGGUAACAAGAAAGCUUCAGUGGAUACUUUUCCAUUCGUAGCUCACUUGGUAUCGGACGAGAAGGAACAGCUCUCCUCGGAAGCUCUUGAAGCUGCACGUAUUGCUGCGAAUCGUUACUUGACUAAAUAUUGUGGCAAGGACAAUUUCCAUAUGCGCAUUCGAUGCCAUCCAUUCCAGGUCCUACGUAUCAACAAGAUGCUUUCAUGUGCUGGUGCUGAUAGACUUCAGACGGGUAUGCGUCACGCAUAUGGUAAACCCGCUGGUGUAGCCGCCCGUGUGGCUAUUGGUCAGCCGAUUAUUUCGGUACGUUCAAAGGAUUCGUUUGGUCCUUCGGUUGUUGAAGCUCUUCGUCGUGCCAAGUUUAAAUUCCCUGGUCGUCAGAAAGUGUUGGGUUCGAAGAAAUGGGGAUUUACCAAGUACGAGCGUGAAUUGUAUGCUGAGAUGCGUGCUAAUGGCUCGCUUGGUCUUGAUGGCAAUCACGAGAAGUACAAACCGAACCAUGGACCUCUUAAGCUGUAA